GGGUUUCGGGAGCGCGAGCGGCGGAUCCUGGCGCCCCAAGGAAAGGGCGGCGACGCAAAAAUAUUUCCCUGCUGAUUGCUUGCGCUCAAAUCGAAACUUGACGCACCGUGAACUCCUGUAGACGGUGUUGAUAAAGAAACAAAGGCGUAUUUGACACGGAGAGUGGCAUGGAUCCGAAUAAUGAAGAUGCGAAAUCGUCACUUGUGGCUGGGAUUUCCUCCUUUGUCCUUCAGUCACCUUCCAAGCUCAAGACCUCCCUUGCCUCAUCACCAGUGUCCCACUACGGCUUACGACCCUAUCACCUAACCUGUCCCGUGCGCUCGCAAUACGAAGAAGCUGCCGUUCGGUAUGUUUCUGCGGCUCGUACAACUGCUUUAUUCCCUCUUACUCCUACCGCUGGCGAGACCUUACCCAAAAUUACUGGAUCUGCAACAGAGAAUUGUCUACGGAAAUGUGACUCUGAGAGAACAGAAACUACCCGUAGAUGGACAUACAAAAGUGUUAGGAGCUCAAAUGAAGGGAGGAGCCAACGUCUCACCCCUGACCCCCCUUUGGAGAGACCUGUUCAACAUGUAUCACCCACUUUCUACUCUGAUUCCCAUCAUGCUACCCCUUCUACCUCUUUGAGUUCUUUCAGGUUGUUUGAACAAGAGGAUAGCAUCGGUCAAGGAAUCUCAGGAAUGAGGUAUGAUUUUGUCCCACCCAUGCGGGACUCUGAACGAUCCACCGCAACUGCCAACAUACUGCUCAAGCCAAAGGAAAUUACUGCUAGGAAAACUUUUCCGGAGCAUAGAAGAACAAGUUGUGCUGCUGUACCAAAACAAGCUCGUCGAUUAUUCCGAAACUCAUUGCGAGACCGAGAUGAAGAUCUUCAGAACCAUAAGUCCGAUACUGUUUUACGCGAUGAAGAGAUCCACGUGGAAGAAGAGUACCCUUCGCAGUAUUCUUUUCUUUUUUACCGCUUGGAUGCUAAUGGGCACCAUGUACCUGUGCCUGUCACAGUCAUUUCACCAUUACAACCCAAGUGUGCUCAGUCCAAUUCGUGCACGCCAGAGCUUAUGACCAGGGAUAACUUGUUGGGCCAUACAACAGCUACAAAUGAAAAACAUCAAGUAUCAGUCAAGGACACAAUUACAAGGCAGAUGACCUCUUUUUCCAAUUUAUCACAACAACCAGUUAAACAUAGUUAUCUGGGAAAGAUGGAAACUGGUGAUUUAACUCCUGCGAUCAUAGCAUCGAAACAAUUAUCUGACAACGUAUCCCUGCUUGCCAAAGAAACUUUCAACAAGAGUCAGGAUUGCAACGAUAUUUCCGAAAUAAUUUCCAACAACCACUCUAAUUCUAUGGAAACAGAUAUUGGAGACAAGUCCUGCAACUGCGAUUCUCCAAUCAGUGAGGCUCAUAUGGAUAAUGACUUACAGGUGGUUUUUGAUAAACGUAGGAGAGAUGUGCCAAAUUUUAUUAUUCUUUCUAGUGACUCCUCUCCAGAAAUGGAAAGUUUCUAUGAACGCUUUCAUAUAAAUGAUAUGUUUGUUUAUAAGGAGAGUGAGAAAGCUUCCAACAGCUUUGAAAUCCCAGAGAAUGAAUGUAUAUCUGAUCUGCCUGAUAUCACUCAUUCUGUUGUGUCGAAGGGGUGCACCCCUUCCAACUUUAAAGGCAGUUUAAAUGAACAGGGAGUCAGUUUAACCUUAAAAGAAAUCAAGGAAACUAAAUGUUUACAAUAUGACGAUGAGACAGAUAGCCUUGCUUCUACUAUUAUCUUUGAUCCAGUUUGCGAAAAUAUUACUGAUGUACCUAGACCAGAAGUGAAUCAUAAACAAAACAUCAACAACUGUGCUGAAACUGUUAGCCAACAAAAUAGUAGAGAUGACUUAGAAUAUGAAUCUUUCCUCCUUGGCAGACAUGGAAAAAUUAAAAACCCUUUGCUCCAGAAUUCACCACGUCUUUCGCUAAAUAUAUCAGAGAAUCUUCGACCAGAACAACAAAAUCUGCAUAUUGGCAUGGAAAGGACAGAUCUAAGAAGUGAAAAUAUCACAUUUAUGGAUAUGAUCGAUGGGCGUUCCAUGUAUAGUGCAAUGAAUGAGGACUUUCAGAGAAUGGAAGAUUCCAAAAUCAUUACAAGUAAAUCGCCUAUUUCUGCCACAAACUUUAAGAGAGGAAGUCAACUCCUGAAAGUAGGUUGUAAUAUAUGUCCAGGCAAACUGCAAGGAAAGGAAAGUGAUCAUUCUGGAUUGGCAGAUUCAUUAUCUGUUGUGGGCAUUAGUCAUGGUAACAUUAAUCUGCCCAUCCAUACUCCAACAACUAUAUGUGACGCAACAAGUGGUCAAAUGUCAGCAACAUACUGUAUAAAAAAGUCACAAGUAAAGGAGUGUGCUACUGAUUCCUGUAAAUUUGCAGAUUCAUCGGCUACUCUGUUCGUUAGUGAUGGGGAUCUUAUCCUGCCCAUUCAUACUCAAGCGGGGGUGAUAGUUGAUUUUGUUGAUGUUGUUCAAAUGCUUCAUAAAUAUAAGAAUUGUGUAGGCAAGAAAGAAAGUAAUAACAAUAACCAAAAUAAUAUGGCCGAGGAUAACAGUUAUAUCACAAUAAAUAUAGAUGUUCAAGGCAACAAUUGGAAAAAGAGCACAUUUGACAGCACAGAAGUGUCUGCCAUUAUUGAAAAACUUGCUAUAGAGGAAAAGAAACCGUUACACAUGAAUCAAGGCGUUGAAAACUUCACUUUAUAUCAGAAAGAUGCAAUUGGAAGUGAAUAUUAUGCAAUGUUAAAUCAGACAGAAGUCAUUAGGAAUCAAGGACAUAUGAUGGUGGAUCAGAAAUGUGGAAGCAUUAAGCCGAAUGCACAAGGACAGUAUGUAGAAAAUCUGUCGAAUUACAAAUAUUUUGAUAUAUCAAAAGAAAUGGUCUCAUUCUUGCAGGAAGGCAUGAAUCUGGGUAUCAUGGCGAAUGAAGAACUGUUGGCGAGCAGUACUGUAAACCUAGAACACUCCUCGGUAAUCAGCGAAAACAGUGUUAAUCAGAAUAAUAGUUCAAGGCAGAUUAAAACUGUUGCUAGAAAUUUAAUGGAAAACGAUAAGAUUAUGAAUAUAAAUGUGAAAGUCACAGAGAAAAGUUUAAAGUUUAGUCAAGAUUUGGAUUUUAUUCUGAAAAAAAUUAUGAAUAGGGCUGAGAUUCACCAGGAAGUCAUUAUGAAUUCUGAAGAUAUAAAUCAGAAUGACCUUUUUAAUGAUGCAAAAGUUCAUGACUCUGUAGAACAUAAGAAUAAUGCACUUCAAGAAUCUGCAGUUCAUAUUUUGGGCGAAGAACCUGUUACAGAUAAUAAGAAUACUAUAAGACAAAGAACUCUAGUAGAUAUUAUAAACCACGAACUUUAUGGGAAACAAAAAACUAUAAUAGCAAGAGUCAAUAUUUUGAAUCUUGAAAAACAAAGAAACAUAGAAAACAUGUCUCUAAAGCAGAACAAUGUGUUGGUGAAAAUAGAGGAUAACAAUAUGAAUAUGAAAGCUAAAGGAAAUCAAGAAGUCAUGAUAAGCAGGCAUGAGGAUAACCUUAUCAUCUAUAAUAUGGUUCUGAAUAAUAAUUCAGUUAUUCAUGAUAGGGUUGCAGUCGCAAGUGUGUGUAAAAUUAAAACCGAAAGUAAAGAUGGAUAUUUUAAAAGUGGAUUGCUUGAAAUGAAUAAUGGAACUGAGGUAGAAUUCCCACACCCCAGAUCUACAAAUGCCAUAUCUAUUAAAUCUGAGCUUCAGGAUCAUGACUUUAUAGCCUCAGAGCAUGACAAAGGACCGAAUGAUUUUAUAGUCUCAGAACAUGAGAAGGCAAAAACACUGGCGAACGUAGGCGAGAUACAAGAGGAAGUAUCUUAUGAACCAUAUUGUAGCACUUUUUCCAAAAGAGAGGGAGGGAUACCGCAAGAAGUUUCCAAGUUCAAAGCUUCCAAAAGCAUUUUAUAUGAGACAAAACUUGGUUUUACACAUAAAGAACAGUAUUCCAAUGACACUUUGACAAACUCAAAAGAACUAUCAUGUGUAGCUACCAUCAACAAUGUCGUGUCGCCAGUCGAACCAAGCGAUAAUUGUCAGCUUGGCCUUUUUAAUUGUGUCAAUAGUGAAAAAUCUGCAACUGGCAACUGGACGACGCGAUACCGAUUAAAAGGACCCUUGACAUUAGAUGGGUCCAUAAGCACUAGUUAUCAUCCAACAUGGAAACAAAAAUAUCUUGGAACUGUACAGGAUAUUAUCAACGAAACAUUUAUGAUGUACAGAAUGCAGGAAGAUAAGUGGCAUCAUGGGAGAUUAAAGAUACCACAAGAAGCUGAAGAAUUAGCUCUGCAUGAUCACGAGGGCAAAUGUAAUGUCAGAACAUUGUCUGAUAUACACAUUUGUAAUUAUAAAAAUGUGCAGACACAAAGUGACCAAGAUUCUGUAACAAAAACAGUCGAAGUGAAAGUAGGUAAAGGACAGAUACAGAAAGACAAUCCUAGGGUGCAUAUGAUCUGCCAAACACAGGGCGUAUAUGAACGAAUGGAACUUCAUUUACAAGAUAUCCAAAAUCCUUGUCAAGAUAACGGUCCAUAUAUUGAAAGAGAAAAAAAGGCAAUGUAUACAAAAGGUAGAAAAUCGGAAGACACGAGUGAGAUAAGUGUAGCCCAUGGGAGAACAAGACAAAAUGAAGGCAAAAGUUGGGAAUUAACACCUGCUACUAGGUGUCAGUUUCUGUUAGGUGCUGCUGAGGAAAUUCAAAGUAAUACUAACGGGAAUCCUUUUGUUGACUAUCUGCCAUGCAGCGAUAACAUCAAAAUAAUUUCAAAUGCCAGUGAAAAGCCGCAGAGUGAACCGGUGAAAGAAUUACCUGUUGAUUUUCUUUUGAGAAUUUCUCAGAAAAUAGACCAAGUGAAAGGGAAACCGGAACGAACUCAACACCAGCCGUUACAGAACAAACGUCAACAUGAUUUCAAUGAGAAACUUGAGAAAUUCAUUAAAAAAUACCACAAUACCAAUCUCAAAAGUGCUGAGUCAUCAUUAGAAGCAAAGGAGCAAUGUCCUCUCAUUCUCCAUCAAGCGCCUUAUAACAGAGAAAGACAAAGCAGUGAGCCGCCCCAGGACUCGCAAGUCUCAAAACACGGAAAAAGAGUAGAAAAAAAAGUAGGCGACAAAAAGGGAAAUAUUAGCAGAAAGGCAGACUCUUUCAAGGAAGGUACAUCACAUGGUAGAAAGAAUAUGAACAGAGAUGUGGAUAAUAUCCUGAAAAGGAUCGAAGCCCCAUUAGAUGAGUUGCACAUGCGGUUCCUGAGGGUGUUGCAGGCGGAAGGAAAUGUUCUUCUAUCCAGCCUAAAGGGGGAAGGAGAGUGUGCCGUGGUUAGCAGUCACCAAUACUUUUCUUCACUCCGGCCUGAUCAUACCAGGUUCCUCCUCAACCAGUUAUUGCGAAUGCGGGCCUCGAGCUAUGAUCGUCCAGAGGAUGGGCACUACCGGAAGGUGUUGAUGCUUCAUGGCUUGGUGAAGGCGGCUAACCUCCUAAUGCACUACGGUAUCUGCUCCGCCACGCUAUGUCUCCGUGAGUUCCAGAAUACCCAUCCUAUCCUCAUGCCAGAAGGUUACGUAAUGGUUCUAGCCAGGCUGGAGCGACUCCAGGAAGGUGUCAGUGACCUGACACACCCAAAAGUCAAAGUCAUUAUGAAGAAAAUGGCGCAAGUGCGACAGCAGACUGAUUUCUGGGACGCAGACCUUAAGAUUCUGAUACUAACCCGGCGUCAGAAUUCAGCCGUUAGUCAGCAGCUAAAGAGGCAUUUGGGACAUGAUGCUGUUUACUGCCUUGAAUCCACACCUAAUUAUAGGGAUUUCCUCCACGUGUUGGAGACGCACAGCGUAGUUGUGUGCGAGGAGUGGAAUGGCUUGCAAGACCUCCCUUACUCCCAGUUCGGCAUCGUGUUCCAGUGGGAAGCGGAUGGGGAACCCUCGCCUUGCGUCAGCCACUGCGUCAGACAGAAUAUUCAGGUCGUUGCGCUCUCUACCGUUCCUCCCCGUCCCACAGUUACCAGAACGAAACAGGAACUGGCAUUAAUAGAGGGAAUUAGUUCAAGCUUUAAAAGAGUAGGCGAAGGCAGUGGUGAGAUGAUCAGAGAUGACGGAAAGGAAGGAAGAGACAAGGAGCGCAUGAAAACAAAGAAGGGGAUUGAUCCCUUCACUUUCAUCGCCUCCAGCAGACUGAUCAACCAUGCAGAGCUCCAUUAUAUCCUCACUUCUGUUUUCAACAUUUUCCUCGUGGAAAGGUCCCUCAGUGAUCUAGUGGACGGUGAGGACUGUAAGCGAGGUUGGGCGGAUCUGGUGGUGGAUGAACGAACGUGUAUACUAUUGCAGCCUCUUGCUCAUCUACGCACUGAUACCCAUGUCCAUUACCUCACCAAGCAGCUAGUCCUUUUGUCUCUUCAAUGUGCCACUUGCUAUCUUAUUCUUUACUCUGACCCUCGUUUGGAUUACGGGUACAUUUUUCGAAGUAAUGUGGUUAAGGCUCUGACGAGACUUGUUGCUGCGUGUACACAGUUUCGCUUCCUAGAUUACACUGUGUCGAUUUGUCUGGCAUCCACCAUAGAACAGGCUGGACAGAUGGUGCGCGAGGUUGCAGAAGUGUGUAGGGCAGCAUCCACCACCUGGGACCAAGAGGAAUGGACUUCUCGGCCUUGGCUUACGCAUCACAUGAGCUCGCAUGAACGCUUUCUUCUGGCUCUGCCCUGCACUAAUUCCAUCACUUCGCAGGUGAUACUGACAGCUGUUCCUUUGUCGAAGUUUCUGACCUCGUCCUUGACCUCGUUGCUAUCAUCGGUGCCUUGGCUCCCGUGCAGAAUCAUUGCGAUGCUACACAAGCUACUUCAUGGAGAAGAUGGGGAGGACUUAGAGUCUACAGUAAUCAAAGACGUCGAAAAUCACACUCUUACGAUUACAUCAGACCAAGAUGGACUCUCUCUCCACGAAUACCAAGGGAGUUCUGGUGUAGUAGUGUCAUCUAGUUCUGAUUAUUUUCCUCUGCCAAAUACAAGUUACAGAGGAGAACUAGAUGCUAACCCGUGCACCAAUAAGUCGUCGAAACGGAUCGCUUUCACUUUUCCUAUCACCCAACACAGCACCACGGAAAAGGGAAUGGCAGUUAAUAAUUAUUUUGGUAGAAAUUCGUGGGGAAUGACAUGCCUAGACCAAUCGACUCAACAUUCAGAGUUCGAUGACAAACAUUUAACCUCUCAAUGUUCUACACAUCAAGUUUUUCAAAGUUUGCAACAAGAAUGUCCGCUUCACCAGGAAUAUUCUGUACAUGUAAUACCUCAGCAAAAACAGCCACCUCAGUGCUUGCAACAUGCACAGCAGUAUUCGGUUCAGCAUGUGCAGAAUAUCAAUUUACAUUCUAAGCAACAGCUCCCAUAUUCUAUACAGAGAAAAGACUCAGAGACACUGAUAAAUGCACCUGGAGGGAGAUCAAAGCAGCAGUCUGGAAAUAUGUAUUCUGAAGCAAACGUUUCUAAGUUUCCAUCACCUUAUUUCGAUCAGCUUCCCGGAGCGUGCUCUCUUACCGCAGGCGCUGCUUCACUUCCUUGUAACGAUAACUGUUCGGGAAUAGUAGAAUGUGUCGAAGGUCAAAGUCAUAUUACUGAGAAUAGAACCUACAUGACCUCUCCUGACCAUGAAUACUGGUGGCAGCGCAGCAAUCCAAACCCCAAGACAGGCCAGCAAGCGAGCGACCAAAACAUGUCUUUAGUGCCACCUUCCCCGAGGGUCAUCCUCCGACAGCCUGGUCGGAGUCACCACUUUCCCAGCGAGUACGAUCCGUCCCCGUCCGAGAGUGCGGAGCCGCCGAGCGUCAAGAAACUUGCUUAUCAGAUGGUCUCGGGGAUGGGAGGCCAAACAAAACUCGUCUUGAAAAAUGCUUGAUAAAAGAACACGACUUUUUUCCCGGAAGAAUAUUUUUUUUGUUUUGAGGAACUUAGUUUGAGCUACAUAUACAUGUUGCUUUAUUAAAUGAUUUGUGAAGGCUCACAUUCGAAGUGUUAUUGAAGAUAUGUGAUAUAAACUCAAAAUACCCGAUUUAUUUUGCGGAUCCAUUGUAUGCUGGAUGUCUAAACUGCCCAUGUAUGAUUCAGUUACUGUAUUGGCAUUUGCUUUAUCCACACAUUAACCAUUUUAUGCAAUUGUCCAUAGUUGAAAAUGUGUAAGAUUAUCCAACGAAGAGUUUGAGAAAGUGAUUGAUACAUAUAGAUACACGAAAACAGUGUGGAAAGUAAAGGAA